UUCCAGUUGCUUUCCUGUCAAAGCCUCAAGGCCUGGUUACUCCCAAGAAAAAAGGGAACGGGAAUAAAAGAAGAAAAGGCAAAGGCCUGGGAAAGAAGAGAGACCCAUGCCUGCGGAAGUACAAGGAUUUCUGUAUUCAUGGAGAAUGCAAAUAUAUCCGAGAGCUGGGAGCUCCGUCCUGCAUAUGUCAGCCAGGAUAUCAUGGAGAGAGAUGUCACGGCCUCUCGCUGCCUGUAGAGCACCCCCCAAGCACGUACGACCAUACCACAGCGCUGGCUGUUGUUGCUGUUGUCCUGUCCUCCCUGUGUCUCGUCAUCAUAGCAGCCCUGCUGAUGCUCAGGUGUCACAAGAGGGGUGUAUACGAUGUAGAAAACGAAGAGAAAAUCAAGCUGGGCAUCAGUGUGAAUCACUGAGGAUGCCAGGUGCUGGCGAGGAGUCGGCACUAUUGCACUUCUACCUCCUGGAAGAGGCGAGAGCUGUGGAACCAGCACCGGCCCUGGGAGCCUGCAGCAUGGUUGGGAGCUUGCUGGAGCAGCAGGAUAGUGGCAUCACUGCAGGGAGCUCGGGCUCGGGAGAGGCGCUCGCUGACCGGCGGCUGUGCGGAGGCAGGAGGGAUCGGCCUGCUGGCAGCAGAGGGGCUCUCUGGCAGCUCUCCAUCCACUGUGGUGCAUGUUGAGGAACAAACUGUGAAAGGCCAGGAGAAUGGGCUCGGGGCUUUCUGAGGUGCAGGAGGGGUGGGAGGGUAACAGCUAUUUAACAAGAUAUUUUUCAUUUUAAAUUAUAUAUUUAUUUUAGAUAAACUGUACAUAGUAUUUAUAUUUAUUGUGGGUCUGGCCCUGCAUUCUUCAUGUAGGUCAAGAUGGCAGGAUCAGACCUCCCUUAUUUUUUAAGUGCAAUGUAAUAUUCUAAUAAAUAA